AUGAAACAAUCUUUUAAAGAUAAAAAAGAUAAUGCAUUAAACACUAUUAAAUUAGUUAAAAAACAACUAGAUAAUCAAGAAAAAGAAACAUAUCUUCAUCAGCUUUCUACAAAUAAAUGUUAUACAAAUAAUUGCUUAACUAAAAUUAAUCAUAAUAAUGGAUUAAUAAAGUAUAAACAAAUUCAAAACUAUACAAAGACUAAAUUAGAUGUAUUUUUACUUGUAAUAAUAGAA